AUGCUCCUUUCUACGUCGCCGCUGAGGGACAUCUUCGGCCACGGCCCGAGAAUCUUAGCCACCAGAUUAGUUUCGGCACCGCCAGUCGGCUACUCUGUUCCGACGAUUCAGGCCCAGAUCGCCGACACCAGCAAUAAUCUUGACAGCAACAAGACCAAUCUCCAACGCCGGGCUUUUCACUCGACAGCCUCCCGCGGAGAAGCACCUCCGUCAGUACGACCGGUUGCGAGCGCUGUCCAACACCAACAACAACAACAACAACAACAACAACCCGGCGACGAGUUCUGGCGCAAGGUGCCGCUAUGGAGCGAUGUCUCGGCCAGAGAGUUUCUGUCGUAUAGUUGGAGCACCAAGCCACAGCUUCUCAAAUUCUUGCAAGCCGUUCUUCCCGACGAGGUGCCGUCCGACAAGCCCGACGGCCGCGCGCAGACUCGCGACCAGUUUAUCCAGGACGUCUUUGAGGGCAUCACGGCUGCCACCAUGGCCGUGCGGAUGACCCCGUACAUCCUGAGCCGAAUCAACUGGCACGACCCGCGGAAUGAUCCCAUCGUUCGCCAGUUCCUCCCUCUCAAGUCACGCAUGCUGCCGGACCACCCCAAGCUCACCCUCGAUUCGCUCCACGAGGAGGCCGACUCGCCCGUCAAGGGCCUCGUUCACCGGUAUCCCGACAAAGCUCUCUUCCUCCCAACAUCCGUCUGCCCCACCUACUGUACUUUUUGUACGCGCUCGUACGCCGUGGGGGCCGACACGGCGACCGUGUCCAAGGCGUCGCUCAAGCCGGGCCGGCGGCGGUGGGAGGAGGCGCUGGCGUACAUCGGGUCGCAGCCGGGGCUGUCGGACGUGGUGGUGUCGGGGGGCGACGCGUACUACCUGACGCCGGAGCAGCUGACGCUGAUCGGGGAGCGGCUGGUGGCGCUGCCCAACGUCCGGCGCUUCCGGUUCGCGUCCAAGGGCCUCGCCGUCGCGCCGGGCCGCGUGCUGGACGGGGCCGACGCCUGGGCCGACGCGCUCGUCCGCGUGUCCGACAAGGCGCGCAGGGCCGGCAAGGCGGUCGCGUGGCACACGCACUUCAACCACCCGGCCGAGAUCUCGUGGGUCACGGAGCGCGCGAGCCAGCGCCUGUUCGAGGAAGGCGUCGUGGUGCGGAAUCAGACCGUCUUGCUGCGGGGGGUCAACGACGAUGUGGAGACGAUGGGGACGCUGAUUCGGAGGUUGGCCGACAACAACAUCUUCCCCUACUAUGUUUACCAGUGCGACAUGGUGAAGAGCGUUGAGCACCUGCGCACGCCGCUGCAGACCAUCCUGGAUCUGGAGGCAAAACUUCGGGGGUCGAUUGCUGGGUUCAUGAUGCCCUCCUUUGUUGUCGAUCUGCCCGGCGGCGGUGGGAAGCGCCUGGCAUGCUCCUUUGAGUCGUACGACCGCGCCACGGGCGUCUCGCGCUAUAAAGCCCCGGCCAUUACCGGGCGCGACAAGAAGAACAAGGUGUACGAGUACUACGACCCCGUCGACUCGCUCCCUGGGAAUACGGGCUCCUAG